GAACUGGCGCGUGUUGACAUCCCAACCCUGGAAUGCUCGUGUUCAGUCUCUGAAGGAAGGAACGUGCACGCAGGUAGCAACCAGACUCCACUCAUGUCUCUGUACCUAACAUCAUCAUCAUCUUCAUCAUCAUCUCUCUGCCUCAUGCUGAGGUUGCUGCUGAGUGUCCUGUUGCUGCUCUCGUCGGGGGUCCAUGGCCAAGGUCGUCUUAAGCUGACAGUGCUGUCUGAAGACAGACUGCAGAUGAAAUGGAAGGAGGCUGACGGACCUGUUCAGGGCUACAAGGUCCGAGUGAGACCAAUCUCAGAGGUGCCACAGCCAGAGCUGAUGCUGACGACCACAAGAGGUCGGGCAACGGUGGCAGGACUUGACUCCAGUCAGGAAUACAACCUCCAAGUCCUUGUUCUGAAUGGGACGACAGAGAAACUUCUUGCAAAGCGACGAUUCACCAUGGAGGGUCUGCGGGAAGAGGAAAUGAUCCGCAGCGGUAGCCGAGAUCAGAGGAAGAAGAUAUUGCCAGGCGGGUCCGGGUCAGGAGAUCUGGACGACGUAACUGAGGCGCUGCUGGGACUUCCAACAGUUCUGUAUCCAGACCCAACCACAGCUGCUGCUACUACUGCAGAUCCCCCAGCUGAAGAAACCCCCUCUCAGCUUCCUGAUGAGACCCCAGAGACAAACCCUAAAGAAAAGAGAAAAAGAAAGAAAGAGAAGGAACGAGACCGUACAAAGAUGGAGAAAAAAGAAGAGCAGGGGACGACGCAGGGCAAAGCAGCAGAGGAGAAACCCCGGAAGACAACGUUCCCUACCCAGCCAGUUACAGGUAUUUCUCCGAGGAGGCCAUUUGAGUGUGAGAGCAAUGCAGCAGCGGACGUCAUGUUGUUGGUGGACGGCUCUUGGAGCAUCGGACGCACCAACUUCAGACGGGUCAGAGACUUCUUGGAGGGCCUGAUGACACCCUUUCAUAUCGGACCAAACCACAUUCAAAUCGGUCUGACCCAGUACAGUGGAGAUCCACGCACAGAGUGGCAGCUCAACAACUUCACCACUAAAGACCAGCUGUUAGAGGCGGUGAGGAAUUUCAGAUAUAAAGGAGGAAACACAUUUACAGGUCAGGCACUGCUUCAUGUCAUGGAGGAGAACAUGAGGCCAGAGGCAGGUGCCAGGGCAGACGUACCGUUUUUUCUGGUCUUGUUGACUGAUGGGAAAUCUCAGGAUGAUGCCAUUGCUGCGGCAAACCGGCUAAAGAACGCCGGUGUGGAGAUCAUCGCUGUAGGUGUAAAGAACGCUGAUGAAGCGGAGUUGAGACAAGUGGCGUCGGAGCCGGUGGAUCUGAAUGUCUACAAUGUGAAUGACUUCCCUCUGCUCAGUAAACUGGUGGCAAGGCUGGUCCACAUCCUGUGUGGGAGGAUAGAGGACCGUGGAGUCUCUAAACGAAUGGAUCCUGGACCUACAGCAGACCCCGCCCUCUCUUACCCAAGUCCUAUGGAUCUACGGUUUUCUGAACUGGGUUCACGAGAGGUGAAGCUUCACUGGACCAAUCCUGCCAAGUCAGUCCAACAGUACAGAGUGGUCUACCACAGCGCCGAGGGUCAGAGUCCACAGGAGGUGGUAUUGGCCGGCUCUGAGUCCACGGUGCUUCUGAAAGACCUUUCUUCUCAAACACUGUACCACAUGUCCAUCUUUCCUGUGUAUGAAGACAAUGUUGGCCUGGCGCUACGAGGAACUGUCACUACAUUGCCUUUGGGCAUGCCUACCAACCUGGAGGUGACUCCUUCCUCUUUCAGCAAGCUGAGAGUGAGUUGGGAUGCAGCACCGGAGGCGACGCAAUACAUGAUCCUGUACUCAGCUCUCAACCACGGAGAGCCAGAUGACGCCAAGGAGGAGAAAUUCAGGGCGGACCAGACAGUGGUGGAGCUUGCAGGGUUACUUCCGUCAACAGACUACUCCGUCACUCUUUACGCCCUCUAUGACGAGGACCCGAGUGAUCCUGUCACUGCUGUCGCCACCACACUCCCUCUUCCACCACCAGUGAGUGUUUCAUUCCCGAUGGUCGCCCACAGUAUGAUGAGGGUGAGCUGGGUUCCUGGAGCUGUGGACGUCCCUGCCCACAGAAUCAUCUACAGCACCAACCAUGGCAGCGACGUAAAACAGGUGGAUGUAACAGGGCUGAACUCAGUGAUGGUGCAGAACCUGUCCUCUCUUUCCAGAUAUCUCGUCUCAGUCCAGUCUCAGUACCCUCAAGGCCUGUCUGUGGCACUCACCAGUAACAUCACCACGUUGAAGGUGCCUCCACCAUCAGACCUCAGGGUGACUAAUUUCUCAGGGAGUGACAUCACUGUGCGCUGGGAGGCUGCAGCUGAUGAUGUCGUCUCCUACCUCAUUAAGUGGAUCUCUCUCAACAGCGGAGACCUGAGACAGCUGAAGGUGAGUGGUGAGAGUGAAGGGGUGAUCCUUGAGGGAGUAGAAGACGAUAAGGAAUACCAGAUCUCUCUGUCCGCGCUGUACGGUGACGGAGCUCAGAGUGAAGCUGUGGCCAUACGAUACAGCACAUUGUCUGGAGGAGGCCCAUCCAGUGUAUCUGUCUCUGAGGAGACUGCAGUCAGCAUGGUGGUUACCUGGAUACCCCCCAAUGCUCAUGUCCUUCAGUAUCGUGUAUCUUACACUGCGCUAACUGGAGCCGAAAGUCAGGACAGAAUGGUGUUGGUUUCGGGAGGUGAAAGGCGGGUGGUGCUAGAGUCAUUACAGCCAGACACACGUUACAGCGUCCUGGUCACCGCUGAGUACCGCAACAGAGAAGGAGGCAGUGGAUCUGCUCAGGGCAAAACUACCAGUCUGCGUGUUAGCAGUGUGAGUGUGGUCAGGUCAGACCACUCCAGCAUCUGUGUGUCCUGGAGAGCUGUGUCUGCUGUUGAUGGAUAUCGCAUCGUCAUCCAGUCUGUCAAAGACAAACAAACAAAAGAAGAAACUGUGGACGAGUCCACCAGCAGUCACUGUUUCAAUGAUCUGGAACCAGAAACUCUCUAUCGCAUCAACGUGCACUCUCUUCUUGGAUCAGAAGAAGGCUCUGCCGUCUCCAUUCUCCAUCCAACAGCUUCAGCUCCGUCAAGAAUUCCCAUCUCUCCGCGGCUGUAUCCUAUUCAUAACGAAGUCUGCCCUGAAGUCACUAUCAGAAACAGCAUUGUAAGAGGAUAUGACAUGAUGGAAGCUUUUGGCCUGACUCAGAAGGCUCACUCUUCGGUGGACGGCGUGGCAGCUGAGCCUUUUGUCUUCAACACUCUGCCCACAUUCACUCUGUACAAAGACGUUCAACUGACACAGAGCACCAAGUUUAUCCACCCUUUAGGCUUCUCUCCGGAGCACACCAUCAGCAUAGCCUUCCGCCUGUUGCAGGAUACACCCAGAGAGCCCUUCGCCCUCUGGCAGCUGACUGAUAAUGACUUCCAGCCCAUGAUGGGAAUAGUGCUCGACCCUACGACCAAGCAGCUGGUGUAUUUCAGUCUAGACUACAGAGGAGAAGUACAGAAGCUAAGUUUUGACCAGCGGCAGGUCCACAGACUGUUCUAUGGCAGUUUUCACAAGAUUCACCUUUCUGUCAGCCAGGUGAGUGUGUUCCUUUCCGUGGACUGCCAGCUUGUGGGUGAGAGGCCUGCCCGCCCUCUAGGCAACCUGCCGACUGAUGGCUUUGAGAUGCUGGGAAAACUGGUGAAGACCAGAGGACCCAACAGUGGAUCUGCACCGUUCCAGCUGCAGUCCUUUGAAAUCAUCUGUAACACCACCUGGGCUACAGAAGACACCUGCUGUGACCUGCCCGGAGUGAGCGAUGAGGAGAGCUGUCCUGCACCAGCGUACACCUGUACCUGUUCUUCUGAUGUCCCUGGAGCUCCUGGUGUACCUGGACAAACAGGAAAGCCAGGACCUCGCGGUGAGAAAGGCGAAAAGGGAGACCAAGGCCAAAAGGGAGAGGUGGGUCCUCCAGGGAAGCCUGGACUGGAGGGAGGUCUUGGACCCCUGGGCACCAUCGGGCCCCGAGGCAUAGCUGUGUCAGGCAAAGUGGGUCCACCAGGUGCGAGAGGGGCAAGGGGAGAGUCUGGGCGACCUGGACUUCAGGGCUCACCAGGGCCUCCAGGUCCAAAAGGUGAAGAGGGUAUUCCUGGACCAAAGGGAAUAAGGGGGGUUGAAGGAAACAUGGGUGGACCCGGACUCACUGGACCCAGGGGUUUCCAAGGAAUGCCAGGACACCCAGGACCUUCAGGGGAAAGAGGCUUUUCAGGACCUGUGGGGCCGACGGGUCUAUCAGGCAAUAAAGGAGAAAGAGGAGAAAAGGGGGAGCCUCAGUCUAUGGCCAUGAUCUUCCAACUGGUCACCCAGGCCUGUGAGCAACUAGUGCAUAGUGAGGUCCUGAAGCUUGAUAGUUUCAUGAAUGAGAUGAGUCGAAAGCCCACUCCUAUUGAAGAGCCAGUGGGGCCUCCAGGAGAACCUGGUAUACCAGGGCCCAGGGGUCAGCCGGGCAGCAGGGGCACCCAGGGAAAUGUCGGUACAAGGGGGAGACUGGGCAGGGCUGGAUACCCAGGAGAACAGGGAAGAAGGGGUUCUACAGGGCACAAAGGUGAUGCAGGGACAAAUGUCCAGGGGCCCACAGGGGUCAAAGGAUUUGCAGGUCCUCCAGGUGAGUCCAAGUUGGGAACUCCGGGCUCUAAAGGAGAAGAUGGUAAGCAAGGACCCCCAGGAAUCCCCGGACCUCCUGGUCAGCCAGGCGAGAUCGGACCACCGGGUGUGUGUGACAGCAGUGGAGGCUGCAGAGGAGUUCCCCAGCAACCAGAAGACCCAUAUUAUGGCUACCAACCUUAAGUGGAUAUUAACAAGAAGGCUGCAACGGUCAGGUAUGAUGAUGGACAUCUGUUUUAAAUGACUAUGGUUCCUUUGGAGCUGAAUGACUGGAAACGAAGAUUCAAACGCUAAACUUGAGAGGUUUGGUGGGUUGAAUUUGCCACUGACUGAAGCUGAAGCUGUCUGGGCUUCUUCAUUAUGUGUGAGAAAAGGAAACACCAGGGGGAGGAUCUCUCUGUCCUCUUGUUUGAGUGUGCUGUAAUUUAAAAUAUGGCUCCAAAUGAUGCAAGGAUAAUUAAGAAGCUGUCUUUUGUAGAACUGUUGGAAAGAUAGCAUUAUAAAUGAAACUAAUUCUCCUUUGGGAUCAGUCAAGUGCUGUCUUAUACACCGAAAUCGCACUGAAACCUUUUAUGUUACUUUAUGUAUUCAUGCACUGUAUCAAUGCUAAGUAGUUUAGCCACCUGUGGUACAUUCCUACUUAUUUCAUUUGCUAACCUUAACUGCCUCAAUGAUAAUGAAAAAGCAUACUCCAUGGUGUAAAAGUGUCUUUUUUCCAUGGUAUAAACGAUACUGUGAGAAUGUGUGUAGUCAUUUGUAAGAUCACUUUGUAUAUUGUUUAUAGUAUUGACUGUACACAGAUAUUCAUGUCUGAUAUUUUAUAAUAUACCAACUCCUGUUGAAAAUUCACGUUUACAUUUUCUGAUCCCUAGGGUUUGGGUAAAGACAAACACAUAACGUGUGUGUGUGUGUGUGUGUGUGUGUGUGUGUGUGUGUGUGUGUG